AUGAAGACACUUGUCCUCCUCUCUGCCCUUGUCCUGCUGGCCUACCUGACCCAGGCUGAUCCUUUCCCAGAAGCAACUGAGGAGACUAAAAAUGAGGAUCAGCCAGGGGUAGAGGACCAGAAUGUGUCCAUCUCCUUUGGAGGCCCAGAAGGCUCUGCUCUUCAAGAUGCAGAACGCAUCAGUGGGUCCCAAAACACAUGUGUUCUGCUGCAGCUGAGCAUGGAAAGCAGAAACAACAAGAUGACCAUCUGA